AGUAGGAGGUAUGCUGAGGUUGAUAGUAGUAAAAAAUGCAUUUGACCAAUUAGAAAUGUUGGGAAGGGUUCAGAUUCCCAUACCAGAAGAUAUCAAUAGUCAGUAUUAUAUAAACAAAGGUGAAAUAUCUUAUGGUGAUUUUUCUUUCGUUCACAUGCCCCACACUCAUGAUACAACUAAUGAUGAUAAUCUAAAAGUGAAUUCUUUAAUAUGUGAAGAUAAAACUGAUUGUAUUGUUCGUUUAACAUUUAAUUAUUCAAAGAUCGAAUUUUCCUUCAAACAUAACGACUUAAUUAUCAACAGCGAGUUAAAUUUGCCCUUAAACCAAAACUUUUAUAUAUCAUCGAAGAAUAAAGCAGACAGAAUUUCCGAGUUAUACUUGGGUAAUCCACCAGCCCUUGCCAAGUUACUCAAAAAUAGAGAUUUAUUUAAACCUAAAGAAAUAUGGUCAAUGGCAUUGAAUAAUCAUUUCAAGGGAUGUUUAACCAAUUUAUUUAUAAAUGAAGAACCUUUGAAUAUUAAUGCUGUUUUGGCAGUAGAAAAAGAUAAAAAUAAUGUGUCCUUUGGUUGCAAUUAUUCAUGUGUCAGAAAUAUUGAAGGAUGUGGACAUCCUAUUUCAUUUAAACAAAAUGAAAACAAACUCAAAAAAGAUGCCAAAUAUUUCGAGUUUAAAGGUUCGGAUUUUAUUAGAAUUAGUUUUAAGGAGGAGGUUAGUACAGAGGCUGAAGAGAUCAGUUUUUGGUUUUUGACUAAAGAACCCAACGGAUUCUUGGUGUCGACUAUGAAUUACAGGGAAGAAAUGGUUUCUUUACAACUUUCCAUCAUUGAUUCGUCGCUAAAGAUCUUCUUAAAUUUCGGGAAUGGACCUAUAAUAUUCCGACAAGGUGAUAAUCUAAGCGACGGCUCAUGGCAUUAUCUUCUAUUUAAACGGUACGGGGAUAAAAUGGAAAUCCAAAUUGAUGACAGGAUACCAGAAUCAUAUUCAAUUCCUUUUAAGUACAAAAAAGUUAACAACUCUAGUCCACAUCAUAAGAUAACGAAAAAAAUACACAAAUCCUCGGAAUCACAAAAAAAUACCUUAAAUGAAGCGUUCUCAAUUCCAACGCUCAAUUUUCGGGCGAUAGAUAUAGGAUCCUUUAAUGUACUUUCCAACACGGCUAUAAAUUUUACCCAUCGUCAAACCUCUAGCUUUAGAGGAAAAAUAAGAAAAUUCGUAUUUAAUAACCUAAACAUAUUCGAUACUCUUAUAAACGGAGGUCCCACUACCCCAGUUAAACCUAAAUGGCUCAAUCAAUCAGGGUACGAUAUAUACGAAGCUUCAAAACUCUACGAUAUAAGGUCAAAUAUAAUCAUUAACGACGUUAGUAAUUCUAACCAGCUAAAAAAUAGUGAUAAUAAUAACAGGAACUUAAUCGUACAUGGGGAAGUCAAAGAGGAUAAUGUAUUCGCUCUGAGUACUAAGCCUUAUUCUAUCAUAGGUAUAGAAGACCACAAUGCAGUAUAUAGUAAAGAUGGUAGUAUUAAGGAUGAAUCAAAAUAUGAAGACAAUUCCCUGUUGAUUUCUCAACCCGUGACGUUUAACACAGCAGAGUCAUUCGUAACACUACCCAAACCAGUCCAAGAUGUUAAAAUGAAUAUUUACAUUCGUUUUCGUACUAUAUCUCCUAAUGGAAUUAUAUUUUACUAUGAAGGAAUCGAUAUGGAAUUUAUAUGUAUCGAAUUAGUAGACGGGUUGAUUAAUUAUGUUUUCAAUUUCGGAGCUGGUCCACAGUUUCUAAAAUCAAAUACGCUGCAUAGGCUAGACGAUAACAAUUGGCAUGAAGUCACCAUUUCAAAAACCACCGUUAACGAUCAUGUUUUGAUAGUAGAUUUUUCGGUAGUUAAAACUAUGUCUCAAGAUACAAAAUACGAAUUUUUCGAGGGGAACAGCGGAACAAUAUAUGUUGGUGGGGUUCCGGAGCAAAUUCUUAAUUUUCCACCUGGGCUUAUAAAAUCGAAUGCAGGCUACCAGGGAUGUUUAGCCUCUUUAAACAUAAAUGGUUGGGAACCAGAUUUAUUAGUUGAUUCUCUUUUUAAAUUCGAACCCCCUUUUCUGGAGCCUGGCUGCAACGGACCUAAGGAACAAUGCCUGCGGGGAAUUCUAGUCAAGAGAGAUUUAUAUUCAAAAUUGUAUUACUCCCAUAAAAUUGCUCAUGAAAAUGAUGUAAGUUAUGAUAAUGAGAGUGACUACAACUUAAAAGAGCAUUAUAGAAAUAAAAAAUUAAUGAGGAAACGAAAUAUGCGAAGUCAACAAUUGUGUCAUAAUGAGGGCAAAUGUAUACAACAUUGGAACACAUGGUCUUGCGAUUGCAAGUUAACUGGGUAUGAUGGAGAGGAUUGUUCUCAAUACAGCAACGCAUCAUAUAACUUUGGUGUAGGCCCUUCCACAUCAAUGCUCAUAUCUCACAUCGCUUCAUCCACGUUAAGAAGUGAUUCAAAUAAAGAAGAGAGUGGUAUCAUAUCUUAUUAUUUUCCUACCUACGAUCAAACGGACUCAAAAUCUGAAUUUCUAGCCAUCGGCUUCGCAACUUUACACCAGCAAGGUGAAAUAAUGAGCGUUAGAAGCUCGCAGAGUAAUGAUUAUAUCGAUCUUUCUAUCAUAAAUGGAAACGUGAGACUCAAGACAGAUUUAGGGAUGGGAGAAAGAAUUCUCACUGUUUAUCCUUCUGUCCUCAUUCAUAUUUUUAAUACAGAACCAAAUUCUAGCUCAAUCAUCAAAAAUUUCUCUAUAAGUCACGCCUCAUCUCUUUAUUCCAAUUCAUUUGCCGAUGGACGUUACCACGUGAUAAACUAUGAAAGGAUAGAUAAUAACCUCACACUGUCUGUUGAUCAUAAAUAUAUGAUACAUCGUUCAUUUUCCGAUUCACCAGCUAGGCGAGAGAAUCCUCCGACUUUCGAUAGUAUAGCGGAAAUAUCUUUGGGGGGAAAUUCAAUCUAUAACUCACAUAAAAGAAAGAGGGAUAUUUACCAUUUAGAACCCAAUCAAAUUUUAAGAUUUUAUCCGAAAAAUGGGAAAUAUUUAAAACGGCAAAUAUCGAGAACAGGAGGUGGCCAUUUUAAAGGGAUAUUAUCGGCAGCCUCAUUUAAUGGGCUAAUGAUUCUCGAUGAAGUCUUAAAGGGAAGUUCUAAUACAUUCGUUGAAGGACGUGUAGAAAAAGUGGUUUCUAUGAAGGAAGAGUUGAAAAAAAUGGUAAAACCGUUGUCUCACACGAAGCCUAUAUAUAAAAUAAGACCUAUUCAAGAAUAUAAGACAUCUACAUUGGACAUGGAGUCAACAACAUUAAUUUCUGGUUAUUUGCUGUGCACGGCGAAAUCAAAUUUUAAUAAUUGCUCUAACACCGAUGACUCCAAAGAUGAAGAUAGAUUGGUGACACCUUAUUAUCCUAGACUAAUUCCAACAACAACCUCUAAUAUAAAAAUAAACCUCAUCGAUGAUGAAGAUGGCCAGAUGAUUAGGAAUGAUUGGUCAGGAUCUGGUUAUAUAGAUGAGAAUAUAAAAUAUAGAGAAAAUCAAAUGGAUACACAUUUUAAUGUAAAUUCAACUUUGUCUACUUAUCUACAUCCACAAUCGACAAAGAACACAAAUAAUUUGGAAGAUACUAUGUCUAGGGACGGUUUAUCUUAUUUAUCGACAAUUUAUAAUUAUCCAAGCAAUAUAAUUGUGAAUUCAACCAUAUAUACCAGCAUAAAACCUGGCUUUCAUAAAGAUAACCUAAAAAACAACAUUACAAAAAAGCCAUAUUUUAAGGUUUCAAACGUGUUCUUCAAUAAACGGAGAACCAAAAUUUUUAUAAUUGUGUGUUCGUUAAUAGCAAUUUUAUUGGUGAUACUUUGUUGUAUAGCCCUGUGUUGUUGUAUAGGCACGAUCAACAGAAGGCGUAAAACGAAGAAAUCACAAGGUCAGAAAAAUGUGCAAAAGUUGGAUAAUAAAAAACUUGACAAUUAUGUCGUAGAGAACAAAUGUUCGGUAAAAAAUCACAAAUUAAAUGGUGAAAAAGUCCUUAUCACAAAUACUACCAUUAACUACACAACCAAUCCCAUCAAAGUUACAGAAAAUGUGCUGUCAUUUAGUAAUCCAUUUUUGCAAUACAACCCUGUAAUCUCGGAUACAAAUGACAACAGUCGUUUAGAUGUUAAUUUUAAAGCCAAAGGAUUGGAUUCGUUAAAUUCCUCUAAAAAGGGAGGUAAAAUAAAAAUGAUAUUUAGCAAAUCCGAAGAGCGGGGAGCUGUUUACCAAAACUUGACAACACAGGACGAAGAUUAUGAAACGGAGGAAAUUGAUAGUUGUUACAACACGCUGUCGCACACUGAAGCUAACGAGGAUGGAGCUCUAGUUAACCCUUCACACAACUUUCUUUCCCCCAAACCUUUAUCUAAUGCUGGUGGAAAGGAUGACUUAAUAAGUUUCGCUCCAGGGUCCAUGAUCAAAAAUCAUUUGUCAAUAGUAACUAGAGGACAUCAACAACCUAUAAAAUGCUUGACACCCCCCAUUAUUUAUCACGGUUUAGACCCAUUAAGAAAUGGUGGAGCUACCCUUAAUCAUAAAUAUGCCCUCGAACAAUUCCAAAACGGUUGUCACACGCUACCUCAUGUUAAUAAUCAUUACAAUAACGGGAACAAAAAUAGACUGGACAAUACCUUUGAUGAAGUAAAUUACGUUUCCAUAAAUAAAAUCAAAAUGGGAGAAAAAAUAGCGCCCUCAGCUAUAAAUCCUUCAGAUAAGCCUAUGAAGGAAUGGUAUGUGUGACUAUAUAAUUUAUUAUAUAGAAAAUUAACAAUAUUAAAAUGUCACGAUAUUAAUAACUAUUGCGAAUUCGUAAUGAAACUCAAUAAAUUAAAUAGAAGAAGCUAAAAAAAAAUAAUAUUCAUAAUUAUAAAGUUCUUCCUAUGUUCCACAUUUUUUGAUAUUUUAAUUAAAACAUGCAUUUAUAAAUUUGGACAAUAAAAUUAGUUAAUAAAUUGACAUGUAAAAUAUUAUAAAUUUA